ACCCUCUUUGCCGAAAGUGGAAACAAAGUCCAACAUAUUACAGAUGCCACCCUUGCCAUUGUGAAAGGAGAGACUGUUCCACUUGAUGUCUUGCAGAUCAAGGGUGAAAAGGAACAGCCCGUGUUUGCGGUGACCAGCCUUCGAUGGGGAUCCUUCAGAGAUGCUGGCGUCAAAGUUAGCAAGUACUGGUAUCUCGGGCCUCUAAAAACCAAAGCAGCUCACUUCUUCAGCACUCUUAAGGAGUGGCCUCAGAUACAUCAAGCCUCUAUCUCAUACACGGGACCCUCAGAGAGACCUCCCAGUGCAGCCAAAGAGACCCCUCCUCGGCCCUCUUUGUACAGGAGGAUACUACGCAGGCUGACGUCGUACUGGGCACAGCAGCAAGACGCCCUUUCCCAAGAGGUGAGCCCCGAGGUCUGGAAAGAAGUGCAGCUGUCCACCAUCGAACUGUCCAUCACGAUGCGGAACAGUCAGCUGGACUUGACGAGCAAAGAAGACUUUAUGAACAUCUGCAUUGAACCCGACACUGUCAGCAAAGGAGACUUCAUAACUAUAGGAAGCAAGAAGGUGACGGACCCCGAGCUGCGCGCGGCCGGCACCGAGUGUCUCCAGGCCAGCCGGUGCACUCUGCUGCUUCCUGACGGAACCGGGGGCUCUUUCAGCAUCGAUAGCGAGGAGUACGAGGCGAUGCCAGUGGAGGUGAAGCUGCUCCCCCGGAAGCUGCAGUUCUUCUGCGACCCCAGGAAGCGGGAACAGAUGCUGCCUAGCGCGGCCUCGUGA